AUGACGACGAUUGUUGGAAUUGCAGGUAUUACUGACCGUAUUGGCCAUCUCAUCGGCGCAUCCUUGGCUACGAACCCCGAAGUCAAGGUCCGAGGCUAUGGCCGCGAUGAAAAGAGGCUGCACAGUGAUCUCCAGGGCAAGGUUCAGUUCACCACUGGCCAGGCUGAUGAGAGGGCAGCCCUCCGCGCCUUUGUACGGGGAUGCGACGUGAUUGUCUGCACCUAUUGGGGUGACCAUGACUUGAUGAUCAACGGCCAAAAGCGACUAGUCGACCUUUGCGAGGAGGAGAAAAUAUGUGCGUAUCUCAAGUCCAAGGAAACAGUCCAAGGCGUACACAUCCUCAACAGCUGGUUUAUGGAACUGGUGUGGUCGAGGCACGCGUUUUUGUGGGACCACGACACAAGGACCGCCAACUACUGGGGAGAUGGUGAUGAGGUUUGGGAGGCCACAACACUCCUCAACAUUACAGAUUACACCGCAACCGUCGCGCUGGACCGUGAGGCUGUUGGUUUCCAAUCCUUUCUAGGAGACCGCAAGAGCUUCCGCGACAUAGUCGCCACCAUGGAAGAUGUUUACAAGAUCAAGAUCAAGACAAAGAGACAAGGAAGUCUAGCUGAACUGUCCGACCAGAUGAAAGCUCAAAACUAUCACCCUGUAUUGUACGUCCAGGCUGGCAUGUAUUGCAUGCUUAACCGGCAAUGCAAACUACCAGAUGCAUUGGACAAUGCCAAGUACCCGCAGGUGAAACCUGUGACAUAUGAGAAGUUCCUCCAAAAUACCAGGCUAGAGGAUCUACCCACGCUCGCUGGGUGA